AUGUCCGAAUGUUCCUUCGAAGCCCUUCCGCGCGAGAUCCAGCUGCGCAUCCUCCGCGAGGGGCUCAUCACCGUCAAGGGCGACACGCACCCUGAACCCACUGAAGGCCAGCGCCUCCCCUGGGGCCCGCCUCCCGGGUUUCAGGUCGGUUUUGACCCAGGCACAAAGAGCAUGACCGACUACAAAUUGGUACCCAAAGCCAUCAUGGAUGGUUGUCAUGAUGUUAAGCUUGCCUUGCAGGUCGCGUGUAUGUCCGUAUCUAUGAAGGAACUGAUUUACACUGACCUCUUUGAGGAACGCCUCGCUGCUCUUGAGAAGGCAGUCAAAGAAAGACUCUGGGUACCUCUCGAGGGCAAGAACCCCGAAUACAAGUACCCUAACAAGACGAACCUGCGUGGAGAGCCGUGGGUCAAAGUUUACGACGAUGAUGGAAAGAUGCGCAAAGAACUUCUUCGGUACAUCGAUCCGAGGCACAGGGACAAAGAUCGCUGGUCCGCACUCUGCACCGCACAAAAGUACCGUCUUCUGCUUGCUCACGUGGCACUCUGCUGCGGCCGUGUUUGGAACAUGGUGAACGACGACGAGGUGGUAUUCUUCGAGGCAUUCGCUCCCAUGAUUCUUAGUCACGGAUCAACAUUCAUUGACAUUUGGGAACUGCUGAUUGGAGGCGUUGACAACAUGAGUGACUUGGGGGCUACCGACAACCGUGAGCGCCUUCAUGAAGCUGAGGAGCGGCUCAGUGAUCUGGUUACGCAAUUCGCUCAGCAAAACCGGAUGUAG